GAUUUUAAUAUUUUAGUCUCAGUUAAUGAUAUGUAUAAAUAUGACAUUCUGAAUCAUAAAUUUUAGUUAAUUUUCAUAAGUAAAGAAUUUUAGCUCAUGAAAACUCAUGAAUCUCGCAGCAAAUGGAGCCGAUCCUUCCGGUGAUUUACUGUUUACAAAUUUCAACCAAGAUAAAACGUCACUUGCUGUUGGUACACGAUUAGGUUAUAAACUCUUUUCACUGAAUUCUGUUGAGAAGCUUGAUGAAAUACACCAUUAUGACAAAGGGGAUGUUUGUAUUGUUGAAAGAUUAUUUUCAAGUAGUUUGGUUGCCAUAGUUAGUCUCUCUGCUCCAAGAAAGUUAAAAGUCUGUCAUUUUAAAAAAGGAACUGAGAUAUGCAACUAUAGCUAUCCUAAUACAAUACUUGCUGUUCGUUUAAACAGAGUAAGACUGUUAGUUGUUCUUGAAGAAAGUUUAUAUAUUCACAAUAUACGAGACAUGAAGGUUUUGCAUACAAUCAGAGAUACGCCACCAAAUCGAUUUGGUUUAUGUGCUCUUUCUGACAAUGCAGAGAAUUGUUACCUUGCAUACCCAGGAAAUAAUAGGAUUGGUGAAGUUCAAAUAUUUGAUGGAAUAAAUUUGCGAGCAGUGACUUUAAUUGCAGCUCAUGAUGCUCCACUAGCCGCAAUCACUUUCAAUACUCAUGCAACCUUACUUGCAACUGCUUCAGAAAAGGGAACAGUAAUUCGAGUUUUUUCUAUACCUGAUGGCUUGAAACUGUUUGAAUUUCGGAGAGGGAUGAAAAGGUGUGCUCAGAUUAACUCUCUAGCAUUCAGUACUGACUCACUUUUUCUAGCAUCUUCAAGCAACACUGAAACAGUACAUGUAUUCAAAUUAGAAACAGAAAAAACUAUUAAGGAAGAACCAAGUAGCCAAACAUGGAUGGGUUAUUUUGGAAAAGCUCUUAUGGCUCCUGCAAGUUAUCUUCCUUCUCAAAUGACUGAAGUCUUUUCUCAAGGUCGAGCAUUUGCUAUUGCAAAACUACCAAAUGCUGGUCAGAGAAAUAUUUGUGCACUUGCUGUUAUCAAUAAACUGCCACGUAUUUUAGUGGCUUCUGCAGACGGCUAUCUUUAUAUAUAUAAUCUUGAUCCUACUGAUGGUCAAGAGUGUCCGAUUCUUAGACAGUUCUCGUUAAUACCAAGCGAAGGCGAUGUUAUGAAUGUACCGGAAGGUGAACAUUAUCAAGCUGGAUUGGCUGUUUCUUCGUCAAGACAUGCAUCAUGUUCCGCAUUGUCAACGUCUAAUGAAAUUGAACAAAACGUAAAAAUUAGUGACGAUAAUGAAUUUCCGCCUCUAACUCUCCGAAAUGAAUGAGGAUGAGUAUUCGAUAAAAUCGAUUGUCCCAUUUGUUUUUAUCAAAUAUCUUUUAAUAUUACUUUUUAAAAAAAAUUAAAAAUGGCAGGUUUUUCUAAAAGUAUAUUAUGUUUUACAUGGUUUUCAUUUUCUUUGUAUAAUACUACACAGAUCUUAUUUUGACUAAUAAAUUAUUAUUUUAACUACAAAAAGUUCAGAAUUUGUAUUUGUAUACAAAAUAUAAAAAAAGUUGUAAUUUGCUUCAAUUAUCAAAAAUAUUAUCUUUUUUUA